UGCUCUACAACACAUACACUGUCCACGUAACUUGCUCUACAACACAUACACUGUUCACUUAACUUGCUCUACAACACAUACACUGUUCACUUAACUUGCUCUCUCUCUAAAGCAAAAUAUGGGUUCCAAAAAUAUGAGUGCACUGUGGAUGGUAGCUAUGGUGUUUGUGUUGCUGAAUAUUGGUUUGUGCAAUGGAGGGAAAACAAGCCCUUAUGUUAGGAAACUAUACGCCUCUGAAGACUUGCCAAAGGAUACCUUUCCUUCUCCUCCAGGUUUCAAUGCACCAGAGCAGGUUCAUAUAACUCAAGGAGAUUAUGAUGGGCGAGGUGUGAUCAUUUCAUGGGUGACACCAGUUAUGAAACACCCAGAUGUUGUGUCUUAUUGGGCUGCAGGUGCAGAGGGCAAGCGCAAGCAUAAGCAUACAGUUCAAUCUGUAACCACUACUUACAAAUACUAUAAUUAUAACUCUGGCUACAUUCACCAUGCUACCAUUAAAGGAUUGGAAUAUGACACUAAAUACUUUUAUGAGAUCGGGCAAGGUAAUUCAGCUCGUCAAUUUCAUUUCACAACUCCACCAAAAAUAGGGCCAGAUGUUCCAUACACAUUUGGCGUUAUCGGUGAUUUGGGACAAACAUUUGACUCUUAUGAGACAUUGAAGCAUUAUAUGGCCAAUCCAAAAGGCCAAGCUAUGCUGUUUGUGGGAGAUCUUUCUUAUGCUGAUGAUCACCCACACCAUGACAAUGAGAGAUGGGAUGAAUGGGGCCGGUUCGUAGAGAAGAGUACUGCAUACCAACCAUGGAUUUGGGCUGCUGGCAAUCAUGAGAUUGAUUUUGCGCCAGAGUUGGAAGAAAAUGUUCCUUUCAAGCCAUAUUUGCAUAGGUACCUUACACCCUAUCAGGAAUCACAAAGUACAUCGCCGCUUUGGUAUUCUAUUAGGCUAGCAUCUGCACACAUCAUUGUCUUGUCUUCAUACUCUUCAUUUGCCAAAUACACUCCUCAAUACACUUGGCUUGAAACGGAGCUCUCAAAGGUUAAUAGAGCUGAGACUCCAUGGCUAAUUGUUCUUCUGCACUCACCAUGGUACAAUAGCAACAGCUACCAUUACAUGGAAGGGGAAGCCAUGAGAGUGACAUUUGAACCUUGGUUUGUUCAACACAAAGUUGAUCUAGUAUUUGCUGGUCAUGUUCAUUCCUAUGAACGCUCGGAGCGCAUAUCGAAUGUAAAGUACAACAUAACAAAUGGACUAAGCACCCCAGUAAAGGACCCUUCUGCACCAGUUUACAUAACCAUUGGUGAUGGAGGAAACAUUGAAGGCCUUGCUUCCGGUUUUGUUGACCCACAACCAAGUUAUUCUGCAUAUAGAGAAGCAAGCUUUGGGCAUGCAAUUCUCGAGAUAAAAAAUAGCACUCAUGCCCACUAUACUUGGCACCGUAACGACGAUAAUGAAGCCGUUGCUGCUGAUUCAAUUUGGUUCUUCAACAGACAUACUUAUCCAAAAGAAGAGCAUAAUUAAGCUAUCACUAUGAUUUUGAAGUGACUUUCGGUGGUUCUUUUUAGUUUUGUCUAGAAUUUAGGUGCAAUAAUGAAUUAUGAAUUUGGUUUUAGAGUUGUUUUUUUUUUUUUAGUUAUUCAUUUUCCUAGUUUGUCAUCAAUAAAAUCAUUUUUUAU